AUGUCAACCAUCACCCUCACAUCCAUUCAAUCGGGCAACCCGCCGACAAUACCGCUGCCUUUCAACGCGAGGCAACCGCACAAGGUCACGCUCUACCCACUUUCCAACUACACGUUUGGCGUCAAGGAAACACAACCAGAGGAGGAUCCGUCGGUCAUCGCUCGAUUGAAGCGCCUCGAAGAACACUACGCCGAGCAUGGAAUGCGCCGCACAUGCGAGGGGAUUCUCGUCUGCCAUGAGCACAACCACCCACACAUCCUGAUGCUGCAGAUCGCAAACGCCUUCUUCAAGCUGCCAGGCGAUUAUCUCAAGCCGGAAGAUGAUGAGGUGGAAGGCUUUAAGUCCAGGCUAGACGAGCGUCUGGCACCGGUCGGGCGCCUCGGCGAGGGCGAAGAAGCUGGGCAGUGGGAGAUUGGCGAGUGCCUCGCGCAGUGGUGGAGGCCGAACUUUGAGACGUUCAUGUACCCAUUCAUUCCUGCGCAUGUUACGCGUCCCAAGGAAUGCAAGAAGGCCUACUUCAUUCACCUACCCAAGACUAAAAUCCUUAGCGUACCAAAGAACAUGAAGCUCCUUGCCGUUCCCCUGUUCGAGCUCUACGACAACACCGCCAGAUACGGCCCUCAGCUUUCAGCGAUUCCUCAUCUCCUUAGCCGCUACAAUUUCGAAUUUGUCGACGAAAACGGCAAGGUCGUCGCGGUAACGCCUGGCGAGGGGGCACCAGAGGGCUAUGUGCCACAGACCAAGGUCCUCGCAGGAGACGACACCGACAUGAAGGAAACGAAGGACGAAAACGAGACAGAGUCAUGA